GGGUGGGCGCUCUCCGGUUGAGGCUCCGGGGCUGGAGGAUGGCGGAGGCAGGGGGCCCGCAGUCCGCCGCAGCCCGUGCCGUGGAGGAGUCCUCGGACAGUGAACCGGAGCAGGAGCCCGGAUCCCCGCAGAAACUCAUCCGUAAAGUGUCUACCUCCGGACAGAUCCGCAGCAAGACUGUUCUGAAGGAGGGCACGUUGCUCAAACAGACAAAUUCGUUCCAGCGCUGGAAAAGACGAUACUUCAAACUGAGAGGACGCACGCUGUACUAUGCCCAGACGGCCAAGUCGAUCAUUUUUGACGAGGUGGAUCUGACCGACGCCAGCGUGGCCGAGUCCAGCACCAAGAACAUCAACAGCAGCUUUACUGUGAUCACUCCGUGCAGGCGUCUGAUUCUCUGCGCUGACAACAGGAAGGAGAUGGAGGAGUGGAUCACAGCUCUGAGGAGCGUCCAGAGCAGAGACAACUACGAGGCGUCCCAGCUCAGUGUGGACCUCUUCAGUGGGAUGCAUAACUGGUUCGCUUGUUCUCACGCUCGUCCCACCUACUGCAACGUGUGUAGAGAAGCUCUGUCUGGAGUCACCUCCCACGGGCUGUCGUGUGAAGUGUGUAAGUUCAAAGCUCACAAACGCUGUGCGGUCAGAGCCACAAAUAACUGCAAAUGGACGACUUUGGCUUCAGUCGGAAAAGACAUAAUCGAAGACGAAGACGGGGUGUGGAUGCCUCAUCAGUGGUUGGAGGGGAACCUUCCUGUUUCGGCCAAAUGCAGCGUCUGUGACAAAACCUGUGGGAGUGUCCUGAGACUACAGGACCUCAGGUGUCUGUGGUGUAAAGCUAUGGUACACUCGGGCUGUCGGGAGCAGCUGUCUCUGAAGUGUCCUCUGGGUCAGUGUAAAGUGUCUGUGAUUCCCCCCACGGCUCUGAACAGCAUCGACUCGGACGGUUUCUGGAAGGCGUCGUGCCCGCCCUCCUGCACCUCUCCGCUCCUCGUCUUCGUCAACUCCAAAAGUGGAGAUAAUCAGGGAGUCAAGUUUCUACGACGAUUCAAACAGCUCCUCAACCCGGCGCAAGUGUUCGACCUGAUGAACGGAGGACCACACCUCGGGCUGCGUCUGUUCCAAAGGUUCGACACGUUCAGGAUCCUGGUGUGUGGGGGAGACGGGAGCGUCGGCUGGGUCCUGUCCGAGAUCGACGCCCUCAUGCUACACAAGCAGUGUCAGCUGGGCGUGCUCCCUCUGGGCACGGGUAAUGACCUCGCCCGUGUGCUCGGCUGGGGCGCGGCCUGUGACGACGACGCUCAGCUGCCGCAGAUUCUGGAGAAACUUGAGCGAGCCUCCACCAAGAUGCUGGACAGGUGGAGCAUAAUGGUGUAUGAGACCAAGUUGCCGCGGCAACACUCCACGUCGACGGUGACAGAGGAGUGCAGCGACGACUCGGAGGUCCAUCAGAUCCUCACUUAUGAAGACUCAGUGGCGGCUCAUCUGUCUAAGAUCCUGACCUCAGACCAGCACUCUGUCGUCAUCUCCUCUGCAAAGGUCCUGUGUGAGACGGUCAAGGACUUUGUGGCUCGAGUGGGAAAAGCUUAUGAGAAAAACACAGAGAACUCAGAGGAGUCUGAGGCUAUGGCCAAAAAGUGCUCUGUGCUGAAGGAGAAGCUGGACUCUUUGCUCAAGACUCUGAGUGAAGAGUCUCAGGCCUCCGCCCCCCCUCAGGCCCCGCCCCCCACCAUCACAGAGGAGGUGGACGGCGUCAUCGCGGAGGAGCAGGAAGUGGGCGGCGUCCUGCUGGUGACCGUGCCCCCUCCUAACCCCGCCCCCUGCUCCCCCCCUCGCUCCAGCGCGUCGGCCAUCUUUAAACCUCGAGAACAGCUAAUGCUCCGAGCAAACAGCCUGAAGAAAGCCCUGAGACAGAUCAUCGAGCAGACGGAGAGGGCGGUGGACGAGCAGAACGCGCAGACACAGCAGGGAUUCUGCAUGGACCCACAAGAACCCGACCAGGAUCCAAACCAGGACUCGGGGCCCCGCCUCAGUCCGGUUAUAGACCAGGACUCAGGUCACCCCUUGAGUCCAGGUCUAGACCGGGACUCGGCUCUGAAGGAGGAAGAAGAAGAUGAGCUCUCUCUGCAGUCCCAGUACAGCUGCAAGAGCCCCGCCCACCGCAGAGUGAGUAAAACGCCGUGUGAGAAGCUCAUCUCUAAAGGAGGCGUGUCUCUGGGCAGCUCCGCAUCACUUCCUGUCCACACAGGAAGUAGAGAGUUCAUCCCCCUCGGCUCCAAGAUCUUGUAUCCAGGUCUCAGGGCGGGUCUCUCUGGAUCGUUGUCCUCUGGGUCUGUGAUCAGUCGUCUGUUUGUGAACACAGACCCCUUCAGCUGUGACCCAGACAACCUAGACUGUUACACUGAAAAAUGUGUCAUGAACAACUAUUUUGGAAUCGGACUCGACGCAAAGAUCUCACUGGACUUCAACAACAAGAGAGACGAGCACCCCGAGAAGUGCAGGAGCCGGACCAAGAACAUGAUGUGGUACGGAGUGUUAGGAACCAAGGAACUACUGCACAGAACCUACAGGAACCUGGAGCAGAGAGUCCUCCUGGAGUGUGACGGUCGGCCCAUCCCUCUCCCUUCGCUCCAGGGCAUCGCUGUCCUCAACAUCCAGAGCUACGCCGGAGGAACCAACUUCUGGGGAGGAACCAAAGAGGACGAGACCUUCACCGCUCCCUCGUUUGAUGAUAAAGUUCUGGAGGUGGUGGCGGUGUUUGGGACGAUGCACGUCGCUGUGUCCAGAGUCAUCAACCUGCAGCACCACCGCAUCGCCCAGUGCCGGACAGUGAAGAUCACCAUUCUGGGGGAUGAGGGGGUCCCGGUGCAGGUGGACGGAGAGGCCUGGGUCCAACCUCCAGGAUUCAUCAGGAUUCUCCACAAGAACCGGACCCAGACCCUGACCAGAGACCGGGCGUUCGAGAGCACACUGAAGUCCUGGGAGGACAAACAGCGCUCGGACUUCCCUCGACCUCAGACUCUGGCUCAGACGGAGAUCCUCUCUGAAGAAGAGGCGUCGCUCAUCAGCGAGUUCGGACAGACGGCAGGAGCGCUCAUACACAGUAUCCGUGAGGUGGCGGAGCUUCACACUCGUCUGGAGCAGGAACUCGCUCACGCCGUCAACGCCUCGUCUAAAGCCAUGGACGUGGUCUACAAGGACAGCACCAACCCAGGGGCGCUGCGUCGUUCUGUGGUGGUGCAGAUGGUCUCGAAUGUCAAAGCUCUACUCAGUGAAACAGAACUACUGCUGUCAGGAAACAUGUCCCUGCAGUUAGAGCGCCCUCACCAGGAGCAGUUGGCGUCUGCACUGGCGUCUCUCUCGUCUCAGAUCCGUCGACUUUCAGACGUCCCGUGGCUCUGCCCCGUCAUCGAGCCGACCGACUCAGAGGGCGCUCUGUCCGACUUCUCCAAAAGGGGGCGCAGCGCCAAGUUUCGCCUCGUCCCCAAGUUUAAGAAAGACAAGAACAACAAGAACAAGGAGACCAGCGCCAGCCUCGCACUGCCAGUGCACCUGUGGGGGACGGAGGAGGUGGGGGCGUGGCUGGAGGCUCUGGCUCUGUCCGAGUACAGAGACAUCUUCAGUGGACACGACGUGAGAGGAGCCGAGCUGCUGACGCUGGAGAGGAGGGACCUCAAGGAUCUGGGAGUGACCAAAGUGGGACACAUGAAGAGGAUUCUACAGGGGAUCAGAGAACUGCACCGGAGCAGCAGCGCCAGCGAAGCCUGAGUCUGUGUCUGAUGCCGUCGUUCUUUUGCUGCUAUCGAGCUCCGGCUCCUGACUCCAGCGUGACCUUUCACCUCACAGAUGACCCUGCCAUGACCCCUGACCCUUGGGUCUCUCUGCUCGGACCCACCAGUGCCUUCUGAACAGGACCAACAACAACAAACAAACAAACAAACACAAACAAACAAAUGUACACGUGUAGUGUCGGUCACAGGGUCAAACUCAGAGCAUCAGGUUUAAUCCCGCCCUGUUGUGUCUUUAUGGUUCUCAUCUCUGUGGAUCAUUCUGUUUUCAUUGACACAUUUUCACAAUAUUCAUCUAAAACUUCAUAAAAACACGUCCAGUGGAGCCGACGUCACCGUAAACGUCACAACAAAGCGCCGCUGUAGCGCCCCCUGUGGACAGACGCACAUCACAAGAAAACUGGACGUCGCAG